CUCUUAAAUUAGCUGUUGAAAUGUGACUCUCAGGCUCCAGCAGGCGCUAGGACCUGCCUGAGACUGUUUGGAGGGGAUAAAUAUAGCACAGCCUGGUGCAGUCUGUACACAUUGCUGAGGUAAGCAACCCACACCCCAGGCGUCCCACCGCACCGGGGCUGUGCCGUGGCUUGAAUGCCGUGCAGAAGAGGCAACCUGGGAGCUCUGCAGUGGGGUGGUGGUGCUGGCGACGCUGCGGCCUUGGCUGCUGAUGCUCCAGCUCUGCAAGGUCACCGCCUCACUGCUCAUCAGCAACGCCAGGGCAGCCUGCAACGAGGACCUGCUCACGCGAGAGGGAGUCACCUUUUGCAUUAAUGUCACCAGGCAGCAGCCGUUCCCUGGCCUCCAGCAGGUCCAGGGCAUACGCAUACCUGUGUUUGAUGAUCCGGCUGAAGACCUGUAUCAGUAUUUUGAACAGUGCAGUGAUGCCAUAGAAGAGGCUGUGAAGAGCGGUGGGAAGUGCUUAGUUUACUGUAAAAAUGGCCGCAGCCGAUCAGCUGCCAUUUGCACUGCUUAUCUGAUGAGACACAGAAACCUCCCACUCAAGGAUGCCUUUGAGACUGUGAAGACUGCCAGACCAGCAGCAGAACCCAAUGCAGGAUUUUGGUCUCAGCUGCAAAGAUAUGAAGAAGAUUUGCAGAUACCAAAGCAGUGUGAGGUGCUGAGCAAAGGACUGAGAAAUAGCAAUUGUGAAGAUGUUUUAAACAUAGUUAAGAGGCUUGCUACAGAUUAA